AAGACUUUUUCAAUUUCUCCCUAUAAUUUUCGCACUCAUUAAUCUACUCCUACACCGUCCUCUCCCCAUGGACCAUCAACCCCUCUUCUACAUCCUGUAACCUCACUCCGCCGCCUCCUUUUCCGAUGAUCUCCACCACUCAGCUCCCCACCUUUUCCGAUUCCGAAAACGGCAGCAGCAUCCACUGCCCAGACGCCGUUGAUCCCUCCUCACCUGACAUAGAGAGCCUCCGCCGCCUCUCAGAUCACCUCUUCUCCCUCCGCCAAACCCCUGACUUCGAUUUCUUCUCCGACGCCUGCAUUGCUGUCGGCCCCAAUGAGCUCGCCGUCCACCGUUGCUUGCUCUCCGCGCGGAGCUCCUUCUUUCGAGAUCUCUUUUCGGGAAAGGAGAAAGCGCCGGCGUCUCCGGUUAGGAUUGAUGUCAAGGAAUUAGUGGGCGAUGGAUUCGUUGUGGGUUUCGAGGCCCUUAUUCUCGUGAUUGAUUAUCUUUACAGCGGGAGAAUAGGGCAGUUGCCGAAGCAUGUGUGUAUGUGCGCCGACGAGGAAUGCUUUCAUGUUGGUUGCCGGCCGGCGGUUCGUUUUAUGGCCGAGGUGCUCUUUGCAUCUUUCACAUUCAAGGUCUCCGAACUAAUCAGUCUAUUUCAGAGGCAUCUUCUUGAUAUACUCGACAAGAUAGCCAUAGAUGAAAUGCCAAUAAUCCUUUGUGUUGCAAAGUCGUGCGGAACUGCAUGUGAAAGAUUGCUUAUUAAUUGUGUAGACAUUGUUGUCAAAUCGGACAUGGAUGUUGUAACUCUAGAAAGGACACUACCCCUGGAUAUAGUCAAGCAAGUCAUGGAGACACGUUCGAGUCUUGGCCUUCAAAAAGGCCCUGCUUUACCAGAUAAGCAUGUGAGAAGAAUUUACAGAGCUUUAGACUCGGAUGACAUUGAGUUAGUGAAAUUGCUGCUGAAAGAGGGACACACUUCCCUAGAUGAUGCUUGUGCUCUCCAUUACGCUGUGGCUUACUGCGACACAAAAAUCACAAUGGAUCUUUUAGAUUAUGGUCAUGCAGAUGUUAACCAUAUGAAUCCUAGGGGUUAUUCUUUGCUGCAUGUUGCUGCUGCGCGUAAAGAGCCUAAGAUAUUAAUGUCUCUCCUUACAAAAGGAGCACGGCCAUCAGACCUUACAUUGGAUGGUAGAAAAGCUGUCCAAAUUGCCAAGAGAGUUACAACGUAUGUUGACUAUUAUAGGACCACAGCAGAUGGCAGGGCUUCUCUGGAGGAGGGGCGCUUAUGUAUUGGGAUAUUGGAGCAUGCAGAAAGAAGAAUUCCGCCCGUUGGACAAGCUUUUUCUUUAGCAAUGGCUGGGAAUGACCAGCAUGGGAUAUUGUUGUACUUGGAGAACAGAGUUGCUCUUGCAAAGAUGUUGUUUCCAAUGGAGGCAAAAGCCGCCAUGGAUAUUGCUCAAGUUGAUGGUACCUUGGAAUUUACACUGGGCACUGCUGCAAACCAGGUGUCCACAGUCGACUUAAAUAAAGAACCUUUCAAGAUUAAGGAAGAGCAUCUAGCCCGGAUAAAAGCUCUUUCUAAAACAGUUGAACUCGGCAAGCGAUUCUUCCCCCGUUGCUCCGAGUAUCUGGAUAAAAUUAUGGAUGAUGAUCUGUUUGACUUAUCUUCGGUUGGAUACAAUGCUUCGGUCGAGCAAAUGAAGAGGUACCUCGAACUACAAGAUGAUAUCGACAGAGCUUUUAGUGAGGACAAGGAGAAAUAUGAUAAGUCUACAUUAUCAUCGCCUUCUUCUUCCUCUACUUCUGUAGGAGUUGUUCGGAAAAGGAGCAGAGCUUCGGACUAAAACCUAUUGUGUUAUUUUAGUUUUCAUUGUACUUCCACCCUUGUUAUUGUAAUGGGUUUUCCUGCUAUUUAUUUCAGCAUCGAUAUAGCUUUCUUAAAUUUUUGGCAAUGUAAAUACAUGCUUAAGCCAUUGAUGUAUAUAUGCUUUUCUUAUUUAUACAUCUAAUACGUAAA